AUGUGGAAACCUGCAGUCAUUCUCAAACCUGCAGAGACUGAUCGUACGUACGUGAACGCUCAGCAGCUCAACCUCCAGCACCUGAACCAUCCAAUCAACCUGAGCAGCCUGAGACGAGGUGGAGUUCAGUUUCCGGGUCGCAGAGACACAAGUCGAGGUCGCGAAAAGAGUCAGCAGCUACACAGCCCUGUCCUUGCAGAGAACACAAAUGAGAGGAAGAGGACAGCUGUUCUGUUGGGACUUCCACUCUACCUCAAAGAAGAUUCAUCCAAUGUUUUCCGGCUGUGUGAUGCCCAUUAUGACCAUCUGGAUGAAGCGUUGAAGGGAAUGGAACUUGGACUCCUGAUUGCCUAUGAAGAGGAGCAGGAUGCGGUCCCACAUCAGGUCUUUGAUGUUGCUGUCGUUGUGGAAGAAAGCAUUGUGAUUCACCAUGAAAAGAGUGUCGCAUGUGGUGUGGCAAUGCUGAUGGGUAUCAUCUAUGCUGUAAAUCUGGAAUACCCAUCAGCAAUGAAGUACACGUUCGAGUUUCUCCAAAAGGUGGUCAUGAAGAUCAAGCCCGAACAGGCCUCUGCCAGAAUACAUGGACUGCGCAACAAAAUAUUGAAGUACAACAUGUAA